AGAGGGCAAUGCCGUAUUUACCUUCUCUGAUAUCAAGUUAUAGAAAUAUGGCAGAUCCAAUAUCGCUAGCUCUCGGCAUUGCCCCCCUAUGCAUAGCUACUAUCAAAGGGUUAAUUCUUCUAUAUUCCAAGCUUAAAGCAUUCCGUCAUCUCCAUAAAGAGGUUGAACGAGUCCUGAAGAAGCUAAAGAUUCAAACAGAUUGCUUUCAAGAUGAGCAGCAUCUUCUCUUGCUCAAUAUACUUGAUAACCCGAUCGUUGCUACUAUGAUGAAUGACUAUGAUGAUCCUCAAUGGAAGUCGGAAGAUCUGGAGAGGAAAGUCAAAUCAUAUCUAGGCCCUAAAUACGAUUCUUUCAGAGAAACCGUUAAAGAAGUAGAUGGGAUAAUUGAUAAGCUCGAAGCAAAGCUCUCUCUCUUUACUCAGCCUGGAGCAACAGCAACUCCGUCGAAAAAAGCCCGGGAUGCCUUUCGACUGGUGUUCAAGAAAGAAGACUACUACGAACUUCUUGGAGAUCUGAAAGGUUAUAAUGCAGAAUUAAGAAGACUCCGAAAAAUAGCUGCCGAGAUACAAAGCCCCGCAAAGACGGCUCAUCUUACAAUACCAUCUGUGUAUGAGAAUACUCGAAACAUGUGUUCGCAUCUCUAUCAUCUACUACAAAGCUGGUCAUCCUGUGACGGGAGCGUCGACGCUUGCCAUAGUGCUAAGCUAUUGCUUAAUCCUGCAGACGAGGUAGAGCCUAAUGUGAAUAUAUUCUUCGAGCACAAUGGAGGAGCAAAGAUUUUCUUUCGAAGGGUGCCUAUCCAUGUGAUCUGUAGGGACUUGGGAUGUGUCAACGUUAUUCCGCCACGUACUACAGUCCCAAUGGCAGGGAUCACUUUGAAAAAAAGACGAGUUCUCAAGAAAAAAGACGGCCAGCAUGCUAUUGUUACGAAAUCGACCGCCGAAUGCACUAGUAUAUCCAACGGCGAGGGCGAAGAUUUGACGCAAACAAGGAUCAAGUGCGAAAGCCUACAUUUGAAUUGGCCGAUUACUUGUCCAUCAUUUCCACAAGGCUCUCUUGGAUACUUAAAUAUCGAGGGCAACCGGAGGCUUGUCCUCUACCGGGGCCUACGAAAGCUGAGAGCUGAUUCCAACAGUCUCAAAUCGCAGAAAACAAUAUUCGAUUUUCUUAAUGACCCUGCCUAUCAAGUUAUAAAUCAAAGCACCCUUACAGGGGCCACCCUAAUGGGGGCUACCUUAAAUUUUUAAACCUUUAAAAUAAGUAUUUUAAUUUUAAUUUAACGUUAUUUAAUUAAAUUAAA